AUGGGUCAGGCACCCGUCCCUGGGAUAUACCGGGCAGGUUUGCCUGAAGGACGCUACCCCGGUAUGGGUAUGCCUAACGGGAUGUGUGUUUACCCUGGGCAGCCGGGAGUCGGCAUGCCGGACGCGCAACAGCGGAAGCUGGCAUUGCAACAUUUCGACGGAAAGGAGCUCUACCACGGCCUUGGCUGUGGGUUCAUGGAGUGGGCCAAAGAAUUUGUCAGACAAGUCGGGUUUGCUGAGCGAGCGUGUGGUUAUGUGUGGCCAGAGGACAUCAAGGUUGAUGUUCUAGGUCAGCACCUAGCCGGCAAGGCACAGACCUACUAUCGUCGUCAAGUGGAAACGUGGUGGUUUGAAAACCAAACCCUGGAACAUGCGAUGCAGAGACUACUGCAGACCUUCACGACGAAGAUCUCGCCAGCACAAAGCAUGAAGUUGUUCACAGCACCCAAGGCAUCCCAUCAAAACUGGACAGACCCUUUUCUGUACUUGACGGCCGUCAGUGACGCCUGUGGAGGUGCAGACAACCUUGUGCUGGACAACAUCGUCCAUUACGCUGACCCACACAUGCGAACGACGAUGUUGUCCAGAUUGGACAUUCAUCGCACCGAUUACCUGCGGCAAGCAGAAGAGUUGGCGCAAUAUGCCCAAUCGACGGAGGUGGACACUCACUCGAAGAGUUUUGGACGCGAUGUGGUGAACACUGUCGAGGUUGCGCAGGAGUUCAAGGACAAACACAGUUUAAGACCGUCGCUACCACGCACCGACACCCGGACUUGUUUCAAAUCUGGAGAAGUGGGUCACAUUCGAUCGAGGUGCUCCAAAAUGAAGAAGAAGCCCUCGGAUGCGAAUUUCGUUUUCGCGGUUGGUCGCGGUGCGAGUCGCUCGCCCGGACAUUGGAUUCUCGACAGCGGUUCGAGUAGACAUUUGGUCAAUGACCCGAGUCUGCUGACUGAUCCGAUUGAUUGUCGCAGUAAGUGCAUGACUGCAGCCACUGAUGGAAGUGCGCUGCGGAUCACCCUACAAGGAACUGUAGACAUCCAAGUCGUUGCACUUGGAGUCGUGAACACAGUGAGGCUCCUCAAUGUUCAGUAUGCGGAGAACCUGGAGCGUAACAUCCUUUCCUACGGAUUGCUUGAGGCAAAAGGUUGCGUACUUGAAUAUUGA